UGAAGGGAACGAACUCAGUUUUCUACGUUACUUAAACAGUCUGUUGAAAUGGGUAAAUUAUAUUAACAUUCGUGUAUCUGGUUUAAUAACAUGUAUACUAAACAUUGCGAUGAAAAACUAUGCUUUCAUAGUGAAAUAACCCAUGAAAUUGGCUUCGUUAACUCUAAAAAUUUUAUAAUUCCGUUUUUAUCCGGAUUUUGCAGAAUGGGAUAUGAAGCAAGAUGUCAACAAAUGAUCUUGAUCCACAUGUGAUGUGUCAUUCAUUGACCUUAUCAAUGGUCCUAUUAUCAAUUUUAAUGUAGUCAGAGCAAAUGUAAUGAUUUCUUUUUUUAUUCUUGGAAAUGAUUGAUUAGACUGACACAACGUAAGGCACGAUAAACGAUGUAACAUUAUGAUUACUCAAGUAACACUUGUAAUGUUAUACAAUGAGUGAAUGACUUUUUUAAUCUGUCAUUGUUAACUUAUGCAAAUGCAAGCUAAGCAAGGAAGUUAAAUACGAAUGGUCUCUUUCAUCGAUCGUCUGAUAACAACAAAUAUAAUCACGUGGUUAUAAAUAGGAUGUGCAGUACAAUUAGGACAACAAGUCAACAGCAAAUAUCACAAUCACAGAAAUUUGGAGUUUCUUAUCCAGAGGAUAUGAACAAAGCUGAUACAUGAAACACACACACACACAAAAGCAUUGGGCCACCCAUGAAUUCAGUCCCUUAGUGUUUUUACAAAGAUCAUGCAGAGAAGUUGUAUCAAAUUUAGACAUCUUUUCUGUCAAUCAUGGCUUCAGAAGACUAUUUCUGUAAGUAUUGUGCAUUGGAGUCGGAAGGAUUUGAGGAUCCAUUUGGAUAUCAGUUAGACCCUGGGAAAAAGAACUACAAAGAAAUAUUUCCUGAACUUCUUCAUGACUUUCAAUCUAAAUCAGAAUAUAUUUGUGCAAGACAUCGACACGGGAUAUCAGUCCAUCAGUUUGGAACAGUGAAAAAUUCAAACAAGUCUAAGGAUGCUAAUGUAUCCAACUUCAAGUAUAAUAUUGCUAAUCCUAUAGCAAGAGAGGAAAGGAAAAGGGUUGAUGAUAAAAAAGUUCAACAGCAUGAAGAGAAUGUAACAUUCAUCAACAAAAGCACCUCCUCUAAGCCAGCUUCACCAACUAUGGAGAAGACAAAAAGUAAACCCUGCAAAACUACUCAAGGGCAAGUAUCAAAUCAACUAGGCCGGGGGUCAGAGAGAUUGAACCCCUCCAACAACCAGUGUUGUUGCUGCUCAGAGUACCAUCAUCACACAUUUGAAUCUCCUGAAUUUUACGUUCCUAGAGAUGACUCUUGUUCAAAGUUGGAGGCAUCCCUUUCACAAAACCAUCAGGAUGUGGAGAAAGCAAAUGAGACUUUCCUAAAUAUAAGCAAUGCAUUUUGGUACCCCAGCUUGUGUCUCAAUCAGUUUUCCCCUGAGUUUCUGUACACUAACUUUGAAUCCCUGUGGCCACAAGAGGAUGUCUUGAGAGACAUUCUAAGGGACAGCAUUCAGAAUACAGUAUUACGCAGUGCCAUACCUCAGCUGACCAAAGUUGCUAUAGUCUGUGGGCCAGUUGAUAUGUUAAAAUCUCUCAUCUCUUUGUCAUUAGUCAGACUUGAUACCUCUGUAGAGGAGGAGGCAGGUCUUCUCCAUUAUGCCUGUUUGUUCAGAAGACUGGAUGUGAUCACGUAUUUAACCAGCAUAGGCAUUCCUGCAAAGCUGAAAGAUAAGCAUGGAAACUUUGCCAGUGCUUUGAGUUUCAGUUCUAAGGUGUAUAAGCAUCUCCCUCACAAAUACCAGCUGACUCAGGCCCCCCAGUCCGCCCCCAAACUUCCCAGUGCUCAGGACAGGAAUGUCAUCUUCUCUUUGGCAAAGUCCCCCAGAUCACUCUAUGACAUACAGAGGAAGUUACAGUCAUUUGAAUUCAAUGUCAACACUGAAUGUGAUGAAACUGGUAACUUCCUAAUUCAUCUGGCUACCCAGACAGGUCUGUGUCAGCUUCCACUGAUCUACAGCCUCAGACACAUACAACAUGCAGACAUUGAGCUGUGUAACUCGGACGGUCUUACCCCUCUCAUGAUAGCAGCAGUGGAGGGCUCCAACAUACUCUGUGAUGUGCUUAUUUGUGUGUUUGGAGCUGACCCCAAUAAAAACAAUGUUCACAAUGGCCGGACGGCAUUACAUUAUGCCACACAAUACAAUCACGUCAACAUUGUUACGACUUUGAUCAAGAGAGGGGCUGAUUUCAAUAAGGAAGAUUACCGAGGCCUACGACCCGAUGACCUCAAUAUCAGCCUGUAUCACCAUGACGAUUGUAAAGACAUAAUAACAUCACAUAGGGCACUCAGGCUAAAACACCUCACAGAUGUGGUACAAAAUAGGACGCUGAAGAAGACUGAUCUGUGGGAGUCAGACAUUAAUGUCACUGACGAAGACAACUUCACUCUGCUGAUGGUUGCAGCUCUUCAUAACAGAGCUGAUAAUGUUGAAGUUAUUCUGGAAGUUAGUAAAAAUUCCAUCAAUGCCCAGUACUACCAGCUGAAUGAGGAUCCUUCCAGUGAUUGUAACACAGGAAUGACAGCAUUAAGUAUGGCAGCCAUGAAGGGGCAUGCAACUGUUGUCCAUCUUCUCCUGUCGAAGGGAGCUAACCCAGCAAUAUCAGACAUCGUGAGGUUGUCUCCACUGUACCAUGCAGUUUUGAACAACCAUGAGGAGGCUGUUAAAGCAAUACUAGAGUUUUUCCCCACUACCUACUGGGGCUUGUUUGAAGCCAUGAAGAUGAGUAAGAAGACGCACAUUUACAGCCUGAUCAAACAAGCCUGGCAAAGGAGACAGGAUGAGAUAGUAAGCCCAGGAUUGUUUGAGUCCUGUAUGUCAGGGAAGGCUGACCAGCUGUACUGCAUGUUAGAGGAAGGAGAUGUUGUAGACCCAAAGAGUGGUGUUGGCAACUGGCCAUUGUUCUUAGCUGUAGAAAAUGGACAUUUAGAGAUUGUCAGAUUACUAUGUCAGAAAGGAGCAGAUAUACGGAAGCGUUACACCCCCACUGGAUCCACCCUCCUACACACCGCAGCGCAGAUGGGGCGGGGGGAGGUGAUGGACUACCUGCUGGGGCUGUGUCGACCCCUGAAGAAGAGCGAGGAGGAGUACAAGUUAGGGUACUUCCAUCGGGGACUGGACAUCAAUGCUGUCAAUAAAGAAAACAAAACAGCCCUCCAAGUGGCUGCGGAAAAAGGUUACCUGAAGAUUGUGAAAUCUCUGCUGCUUCACGGAGCUACUACCUCACUGCUGGACUCUAAUGGUGCCCUCUUCUGCCUCCCAGAAUUUGGAGGAGUCUGGCAAGAAAUCAGUGACCACAGACAAAGGCAUUCCAACCAUAUCUUUAACUUCAUCACUCUGGAUUCCAAAAAGAACUUUGCAGCUCUCAUGAAAAUAUGGCUGCCUGGGUUUGAUCACAAUCUGCGAGACAAGGCGGGAAACACCCCUCUGAUGGUGGCUUGUCAGGUGGGCGUGUCUGAAAUCAUCUCCUUCCUGUUGCAGUCAGCUGUCUACCCACAAUCCCUGUACGAGGAUGAUGAUGCCAUCUCCACUUAUGAUGACAAUGACUCGGGGGUCCAAGACACAGUGCUAACCCCACCCACCAAACAGUAUGGCUCCUACAUAGAUGAUGAUUUACUCAGGAGCUUUGAGUUCUCACGUGAUUAUGGUAAAGAAUCUUUUGCCAUCAGGUCAGAACAAAAGAACUCAUCAAGUCGACUUGAAACAUUGUUAAAUGAUGUAGAUAAACCAAAGGGACUCUGUAUUUUUCAUGAUGGACUUGUGAGUCACGUCUGUGCUGUGAAUCCAAACAAUGGUUGUACUGCUCUCCAUAUGACUAUUGACAAGGGGGAUAACCCUAAGAUUGUCUCCCUUUUGUUGGAUGCCGAUUCAAGUUGUGUGAACAUGCAGGACAAUAAGGGACUAACUCCUCUACAUUACGCCAGUAGACAGAAACGGAAGAAAUGUGUAGAGCUGCUUCUGAGUGUUGAAGAGAUAGAUGUAAACAUCCUGUCUUUGAAUGGCAGCCUGGCAGAAGACUUGACCACCGAUAAAUCAGUGAUCAAACUGAUCAACAGUCACAGAAAGGGACAGCCUGUCAGACAGAGGACCGACCCAGAAAGUUGUGGUGCUUCUGUGGUGUCCGAUUUUGGUCUCCGCUCCACCCCCAGCACACAGAAGGCAUCCACUGUCAAUUUUGAGAAAAUUCAAGGAAGAUUUGAAGCUCUCAAGAGACAGAAAAAGGAGUAGUCCUUGAAGGUGAUACUUUCAGCAUCUGUGAUACUUGAGUUUUAUGUUUAAAUCAGUUUUGAUAAGGCAAGUGUGCAAUAUAUACCAGUAGGACCAGGAGAUUAAUUGAACAUUCCACUUGAUAUUUCCCAUCAAAAGGGUCAUUUUAGAAUAUUCUAUCACGUCUUUAAAGACUAUUCUUAAAAAAGAGAUUAUAUUGUGUAAUUUGUUUGGAAUACUGUGUAUAGAAUACAAAUACAUAUCAUCUGUGUGCUUUCUAUAACAGUUGCAAAUAUCAAAACACUGUUAACAAACCAACAGAAUUCCUCACAAAGUCCUAUUUAUGAUAUUAAUUCUAUAAAUAUAGAUUUUUUUAAUACUCUUGUCAUCAAAAGUUUUCAAUUGAAUAUUUCAAUUUUAAUGUUUUUACUUUUCUGGUCACUAUAUAUCAAGGUUUUUAAUAUAUUAUCAAAUACCCUGUAAUUUUUGGAAAUCUACAACAACAUUUUUUAAAAAACAUAUCUUUUAAAAAUACAAUUUACUGAAAAAAGUGGCAUCAUAAAAGACUUUAAUGCUUGAAAGUUAUUCUGAGAUUGCAUUAAAUAUUAAAGGCUUUCAAUUGGUUUUAUAUUUUGAACUUUGUUCGACAUUAUGAUGUGUUGCAAUGGUGUAAGUAGGUGAGGUAUAUACCACUUAGUGGGACACUAGUCAGAUCAAGAAAACAAAUUUAAGAUUGAUAUCAUUUAUAUUAUUCAGAGACAUCUCCUCAAAUACUAGCUCUCACAUAUAAAUAUUUAUCUCACCCAAGUAUUCGCCUCAGUCUAGUUGACAGGUAUGCAAAUUACACAGACAGUUGAGUAAUGUUACACUCUAUGUUUAGAUGCAUAUAUUAUAAAGGAUUACACCAAGUGGUAGUGUAAGUCGUAGCAUUGAUGUAACCUUGAUAAACUACUGUACAGGUAUAUCAAAUUGUCCCUGAUAAAAGACAGAUACAUGUAUAUUAUCAUGAAACACUGUCUUUCAUUUUUUGCAUAAUUGCCAUGAGUAGAGUAUUAUCAAAAUGAAAUCAAAAUAAAUCAGUUCUUAAGCACUUUUCUAAACAUACCAUCAAAGCUUUUGAUGAAAUAAGUGGUUUAUAUAUACCGGUACAUGUUUAUUCAUUUUGGGAUACAAGCUGUAUAUGUAUACCCAUACUAAAUGGGAGGUUUGUCUAUAGGGUUGUAUGAUAUUGUUGAAUACAUAAUGAGAUAAUGAAAACUCCUAAAAUGAUAGUUGAAAACUUUGCAAAUGGCUGUUAGAGGUUGGUUUCUUAUUAAGAUUUAUCUGUAAGCUGAAUGCUCCAGCAACCGAAACAGUUGCCAAAAGUUUUUUCUACCUAAAUUCUAUCUAAAUACAUUGCAUAUUUGUUAGCUAUUUUAAAGUGUUCAUUCCGUCAAAGCAUAGUAACUUUCAGGGCUGAUAUAUACUUUCGUUUUUAUUUUCCACAAAUACUACAAUUCUUCCUAUGACCUGUGUUAAGAUCACCUCCAUAUAGCUAUUUACCGCACCACAUCUUUUAUAUGGCAUAGUUUGUAUAUAAUUGUUGCAGACAAAGAAAAGGGUCAGUAACUGUAAUGAGUGUGAUAUUGGAUAUAUGCUAAAUAUAGUUCUGUAUGCUUAAUUAUGUCCCACUUGAUUAGCCGAAGGAAAGGAAGUAAUCAUUGUAUAUGCAGUUACUUUUAUUCUGUUGUUCUUUUAUUGUGUUUGUUGAAUGGAUGGUGUUUGUUACAUGUAACCCUAUUUAAUUUCGAUAUGUUUUAACUUGUUACGCCAUCAGUGAGUAUUCAACUGAUAUUACUUGUUAUAGAUUUUUUAAAUUUUCUAUUUGUUGCUGUUAUUAUAUAUAUCAAUAAACUUUCAAAACUAU